AUGGAGACAUUAUGCAAUCUAUAUGAAGGAUUUUCUUCAUCAGACAGUGCAGUGAGACAAGAAUCUGAGAAUCAAUUCAAUAAUUUACGACAAGCAGACCCUAAUACAUUUCUUCAAUUAACCUUAGGUAUUUUGCAACAGCAACCUAACUCACAAUAUCGUGUACAGGCAGCUAUAUCCCUGCGAAAUUUGUUCCGAGAAUUUGUGUUAACACCAGACAACUGCCUAUGGAACAAAAUAACCCCUGAAAAUCAAAAUAUGUGCUUAAUAGCUUUGUUGAAGUGUUUAGAAACUGAGCAUGUAAAUGUGGUGUCAAUAAAUAUAAGUGAUACUGUAUCUUUAGUAGCAAUGGAGUUAUAUCCAAAUGGGAAGUGGCCAGAAUUGUUACCAUUCUUGUUCAGGUUGAUAUCUAAUUUACAGAAUUACUUAGGGACUAGUAAUGCUCCAGAAAAUGUAGUUAUACCCGCACGUCAUGCAUUUAGAAUUAUAGGUGAGAUUAUGCCUGUACUAGAAGAUGUGGUAGCUACACAUAGAGACAAUAUAGUCUCUACAAUAAGUGCAGCACUUCAAUAUCCAGACAUAGAGAUUCGCUAUGAAGCAAUAGGUUUAAUUGCAGCUAUUGUAGAAUCGAGUGGGAAGAAGAACUGGGCUCCAUUAGUAUAUUUGACACCUGUUAUUUUAGAGAUUUUACAAAACCUCAUUGCAACACAGCAUGUACUGGCAAUAGAUGUAUUAUAUCGCCUAACUACAAUAUCUGAGUCAGAUCCAGCGUUUUAUCGUCAACAUUUUGGGAUUUUCUUUUCCCAAAUAUUAGCUAUUGCACAAAAUAAACAAAUAGGAACCGAUUUGCGUCAGGCAGCUGUGGAGUGUCUCCUAUGCGUUGUAGAAACACGUCCUAAUAUGUGUACUAAACACAACAAUUUUGUGAAUGAUAUGAUAACUACUCUAUUAAGUUUUAUGCUGGAAUUUGAAGAUGAUCCUAAUUGGGCAGAGAUUCAUCCUGAACAAGAAGAAAAUGAAGAUAACGAAUUUGAGUCUGAUAUUGAAGAUGAAGAUUGUCUAUAUCCUAUUGGAGAGGAAGGGCUAGAUCGUUUAGCAAGAGCUUUGGAUGCUGAAGUAUUUAUUCCCACAUUUUACCAAUUUAUCACUAUUUAUAUGCAGCAAACAAAUGCACAUCCUUGGAAGUAUAGGUAUGCUGCUAUAAUGGCUAUUGCUCAAACAAUAGAGUACUUACCAGAGGAUGAAGAGACUUACCAAGAUCAUAUGGGACAAAUUAUUUCGAGAAUUAUUGCUUUUCUUAAAGAUCCAUAUCCACGCGUGAGGUAUGCUUGUUGUCAGGCUAUUGGUCAAAUUGCUCUGGAUCACUCACCAUUAGUGCAGGAAUUAUUUCAUGCUACAGUACUUCCGCAGUUAAUACAAACUAUUGAUGAUCCUAUAAGUAAAGUGGCAUCUCAUGCGCUCUCAGCACUUGUAAACUUUACAGAAGAAGUUCCAGCUGAAGAUUUACAACCCUAUGUACAACCACUUAUGGAGAAAUUGCUAAAUAUUUUGCAUAAGCAACCUCAACCACCUCGCAUAGUUCGUGAACAGUGCAUAACUAUGAUUGCUGUGAUUGCAGGUGUUAUUGAAAAUGACUUUGCACCAUAUUAUUCUACUGUAGUACCAUAUCUCAAGAAAACUAUGCAAGAAGCAUCUCCUCAAUUAAGAACACUGCGUGGAAAAUGUAUUGAAUGCUUAACAAUUAUAGGUUUUUCUCUAGACUAUUCAAUUUUUAAGAAUGAUGCCCAAGAAACUAUGGUUGCAUUCAUACAAUUAAUGGGAAGCGGUCUAAAAGGAGAUGAUCCUCUUAAAGAAUAUAUUCAAGAAGCUCUACAACGUAUGUGUAGAAUAAUGAAGCAAGACUUUGUACCUUAUUUACCUCAUUUACUUUCUAAUAUAUUCCAACUACUGGAAACUAGGGAAGAAUCUUUAGCUAAUCAACUUUUAAGUGGUUCCAGUGAAAAUUCUACAAGAGAAGAUGACAGUAAGUCAAUGAAUAUGUUGACUGCUCGUGAUUUUAUAGGGCUUAGAACUACAUUAGUGUUGGAUAUGGAGUCAUCUUUAGAUAUAUUGAAUACUUUUGUUGAAGUCUUAGGAGUAAAUUAUAGAGACUAUAUUGCAAAGACAAUUACAGUUAUUUACCCUCUAAUUAGAUUUGCUUUAUCUGAUGAGAUUAAGGAAAAGACAUAUGAUGUUUUAAGUGGUCUAUUGAAGAUAAUGCGAAGUCUAGUAGAUACUGAUGAUACAAUUAGAAAUCAGUUUGGACAGAUUGUAAAUGACUUAAUAACUUUGUUUUUAGCUAUAUUAGAAGAAGAAAACAGAGUGGGUACUACUGAGAGUCAAACUGUAGUAAUAUCAGGGAUUGAGCAAUGUAUUGAUGCAUUAGGGACAAAUUCAAUGAAUGUAGAUCAAGUUGGAGUUUUUACCUCUAGAUGCUUUGAUAUGCUGCAGCAGAGUUUUUUAAGAAGAAAAAAACUUGAUGAGAAGGUUAUGGAUGAGGUUAACAAUUUGCAAUCUGGAGAAAUUGAAGAUGAAGAUGACAAACGUGGGAUUGAAGAGGAGAAGGAACAGGAACAAGAAUUUAGACUAUGUGUAUUAGGUCUUCUAGGUGUCUUUAUGAAGUACUACCCAAAUAUAUACUGGGAAAAAGUCGGUACUAUUACAAUUCAACUUGUUACUCAAUAUGUGAAUCCUCUACAAAAUACUAUUGAAGACAGGAUAUUAGGCUUUCAUUUAUCUGCAAAUGUAUUUCAGUAUUUAUGUCCAUUAGCCUACCCUCAUUGUACUCCCUGGCUUCAAUUUAUUUUAGAAGGAAUAAAUGAUCCCAUUGCUAGUAUUCAACAAAACUGUGCUUUUUCAUUAGCACAGGCAGCAAAGCUUGAGCAUUUCAGUGCAAUUGCAAAUAAUGCAACUCAAGUAAUAAUUCAUCGUCUACAACAAUCUAAAACAAAAGGUAAGGCAUUUAACUUGGCAAGAGAUAAUAUUAUCAACGCACUUGGAAAUAUCUUAUUUUAUCAUUCAAAUAGUCUAAACAAUAUAAAGGAACUAUUUAACUUAUGGAUCAAUGUACUACCUUUGAAGUAUGAUACUGAUGAGGCUCAAAAUACCCACACCACAUUGAUGAACUUUGUUGAUGCAAAGAAUCAAAGUGUCCUUGGUAGUAACCUUGAAAAUUUUGGACGUAUACUUUCUAUUUUUGUAGAAAUAUAUAAUACAUCAAUGUCAAAUGAGAAUUUGAAUAAUCGUAUCAAAAUCCUAAUUGUUCAUACUAAUCCAAAUAAUUUGCAACCUUUCCUUUCUAGCUUAACGAAGAAACAAGUUGACAAAUUACGUAAGAUAUGUAAGUAG